AAAAGUUCAGGGAACACUUUGAUAAGCAGCAAGCAGCUUCUGGGUUUUGCUUACAAGAGGACUCCCGCUGAAUCGGUGCGAAGAGUGUUUGCCUAUUUUUCUGCCACUGUAAGCAAAACAUUGCAGCAGCGUCGGCCCUGAAGAAAUAAGCUAUAACACUGGAGCACCACAGGAGGGGAGUCUCAGGGACAGAAGCAGGCAGAGUGGCACAGCGUGACUGAACUUCUCAGGAGGAGCUCAUCCUCACAUUCAGCCUCACCGGCCCAGGUGUGGGGCCAGGGUGACACACUAGAGCAUCCCUGAACGUCUUCCACUUUGUCCUCACAUCAGUUUCUGUCAUUCCUGCACCUGCUUCCUUUUCUCACUCACCUGCCCACCAAGAUGUCAGAUGAAGACUGCCGCUCGCCCAUAGGUCUGGACUGCUGCAGCUGUUGCCUGGACCUGGCCCACGGCUGCGAUGACUCCCUGUCCGGCAGCCCGUCUCUGUCCGCGGGGGCUCUGCCACCAAGCCCGACCAGCCCCAGCGUGAACCACUUCCGCCAGCUCCGCAACCAGCUGAUGUACCAGAACUUAAACACGGACAAGCUGAACAACAUCAUGAGGCAGGACUCCCUGGAGUCGGUGGUGAGGGACCCUUGCUUUCUGCUCAAUGAGGGCAUCUGCAACAGCAACAUUGACCAGACUAUGCUGUCCAUUUUACUCUUCUUUCACAGUGCCUCUGGUGCUAGCGUGGUGGCCAUUGACAACAAGAUCGAGCAGGCUAUGGAUCUUGUCAAGAACCACCUGAUGUAUGCGGUGCGUGAGGAGGUGGAGAUCCUCAAGGAGCAGAUCAAGGAGCUGGCGGAGAAGAACAACCAGCUUGAGAGGGAGAACUACCUGCUCAAGAACCUGGCCAGUCCGGAGCAGUUGGAGACGUUCCAGUCCCGCAUCCCGACAGAUGUGCUUUUGGACAAUCAGAAUGUCCAGGUGACCCCAGAGCCACAGCAACAGAACCAGCAGCAGAGCUGUAGCCCCAGCACUGGCUCUGCUGUGUAAGUGGCUCUGUCUUGGGGCGGGCAGAGCCACUUUCUCUUUUCCAGUCGUGGACCUCGUUUUUGAACGUAAGCGUUACUAAAUCGCCGCCAGCGAGACUCCUUCGGGACAGUGAAGAAGAAUCAUCGGUGCUGUAAAUGAUUGAUGGGACACAAAUGAACUGUUGAUACUGAUAAGCACAAAACCAGAAUUAGAGACUCUCUAAAACUGGUGCCAUGUCAGGCCCAUCCUGUGUACCGUCCAGCUCUUUGUCAUAGUCUCUCUUGGUAGGCAUGAGUGUUAAGCAUAGAGAGUGCAGACUAGCCUAGACAGAGGGUGGGGGAUUUCCCUCCCUGGCCAAACUCUUCCAACGAAACACCGUCCUUUUUUUCCGCUGUGGGGGAAGAGGGGGUGAGGAGGUGUUGAUUGGGCUUGCCCUGCAGGCGCUAACCUGGAAAGUGCUGGGACUUUGCUCCCUCAUGACCCAGAGGAGACCGAUCCGGGGCAGUCCUCCAAGUCUCAACAACAACAGCAUUAUUUGUGUGGAUUCAACUUAUCUCAAAAAUACUUUAAAGGACUUCCAGCCACACACUUCAGACACAUAAGGACCUUUGAUCUACCUACCGUGUAUCUCUGCCGUGUUCCUAUCCAUCUUGAGCAUGACAAGAAAAAUACACAGGAUAAGCUAAGGCUAAAGAGGUGGAGGUCAAUGCAGUGUACUCCAUCAGAGCUGAUGAACUGCAGCAGUAAACUAACCAGUAUACUGUAAUAUCUCAUAAAACGUGUAGACUUGUAUUGUUUGCUGUCGGGGCUUGCUGCUUAUGGGGGACAACUAAUUCUGCUAUAUCUUCUUUUUUUUUUGUUUUUUUGUGUCAUUCAGAACAAAAAUCAGUUGUUUUGUACAAUAGGAGCAGUGUACUAGGCUUUCAGAAACUUUCUUUGUUACAGGUCCGUCCAUAUCUGCUAUUUUUGUUUUCCUUACUCGCAGGAAAACUGCAAUGUAAAUGGAGAUGAAAUGUCUUUCAGGUAAACACUGUUAGGAUAGUUUGCAGGCAGACAGCUGCGUUUCUAGCAGCCUAUGCACUCCUGAUUUUUAUUUUUUUGUCUUUUUAUUUUUAUUUUUUUGUAAGUAGUGCCGUCCAGUAUCUGGCCUAUUUCAUUAUUCAGAUGGCAACUUGAAAACAAUGGCACGACAACAGUGCCUGUAUGUGACGAUCGCAUUUCUGACGAGGCUUCAGUUGUUGUCGUUUUUUCCAGCUACCAAAGACUGUUUUUCACACGGCAACGAAAGCAAACCAAAUGAGGACCAUGUGUAAAACUUCACAGGAAGAAGUCUUCUUUGUAGCUAGUGCUAAAUUCUGUUUUUUUUUGUUUUUGUAAAAUUGACUAUGUUGUUGAUGUAAAGUAUCCUCACAGUUGACCGCUGUGGUUUUUGGAUACGACUGCACACUUGCAAUAAACCUUAUGUUUACAUAAUAAA